CGUCUCGUUCACACCGCGCUCUAGCCACGGGAGAGGGAUGGUACUCCCGAGCGGUCCGAGGAGCGGGUUUAGAGUUUCUCAGCUGCCACUCAAAGCACGCAUAAGCUCCACACUGGGGAGGAGACGGGCAGGACGCCUCCGUUCAUCCGUCCAUUCAUCAGAAUUAAUCCGGACCUCCCGCUUUCCCCUAGCAGCCUGAGCAGAGGCGCGAGACGACACCACGAGCUGCUUCGGUUGGACGUCAACGUCGGUCGCGCGAGCGAGAAGGGGGGCAGCUGAGGAAGGGAGAGAAAAAAGAGCCCGUCUGUCAGUGUGUGGCGUGUGGAUGUAGGGGAAGAGAGUGGGAGAGAGGACCAGUGCCGCCGCGCAACUCCCAGCAUAUUUCAGCAUCCGACUGGAUGCAUUUCACCGAGGAUACAUCCAGAUUUAAGGUUUAAUCUGCAUCUUUUGUCUAAGUGGAGAGUCACCUAUCCCCUGCAGAGAAGGGCACCAUGACCCAGGAGGGGCAGGCUCUGCCCUCUCCCACCCCACCAGAGAACCUAGUAGAGCCCAGUACAAGCACCACCACUGACCCACCCAAAGAGACACAUGACAAGACAGAUGAGGACAAGGUGGAUGCUCGGGCAAAGGAUGAGACAGAGGAAGGAAAACAAGAAGAAGACGUCAGGGAAAGUGAGGAGGGGGAAACACAGAGAGAAGUAGAAGGGAUGGUGGAAGUGGAAGGUGAUAGAAGAGAAGGGGAGUUGAAAGAGGAGUGUGAAGAUGGGGCCGGGGAUGAGCAUCAGCUGACAGAAGGAGAGGCGGAGGGGGAGAGGGAAGGGACGAAGGGGGGAGGAUGUAUAAAUAUGGAGGAAACCUUAACGGGGGAGGAGACAACACAUGAGGCGGAGGAGAUGAAAGAGGAAGAGGAGGGGAAGGAAAAUGAAGAAAUUCACCCAUGCACAGAAGAGGAGGCAACUAAUUCUCAACAAGCUGGCCGAUUGGCAAACGGUAUAGCUGGGAAUGACGAUGAAGAUGAAGUAGGUGAAGAGGACGAGGGGGGAGAUGAGGGAGCGAUACAAACACACUUGGACACUUUCAGCUCUAAAUUUGAGACAACUGUAGAACAGGCUGACACCGAAGUGGAGGAGGAGGAGGAGGAGGAAGAGGUCCAAAAAGAAGGUGAUGGCAGAGAAAACCAGGACAGUUUCAGCUCAGCUUUUGAACAGAUUGUCGAGCAGGUCGAUGUUCAGGAUGAAGAGGAGGAAGACGAGAGAGAGUUGGAGGAGGAGAGGGAGAAAAGUAGGGUGGACAACAAAGAUGGUUUCAGCUCCACAUUUGAGCGCAUCGUGGAGUCUGCCCUGCUCAGGGGUGGGACCUGCUACAGCAGCCUGGACUCUCUGGAUGUUCUGUCACUCACAGAUGAGACAGACAGCUGUGUUAGCUUUGAGGCGCCACUGACACCGCUCAUCCAACAGAGGGCACUGUUACAAGGUCCUGAACCUCUGGAGCUUGAGUUGGCAACAGUUCAGGAGCAAGAAGGGGCUGAGAUUGGAACAGAUGCCCCAGGGCCUGAACUCGGGGCUGGGGACAGUGCUGGAGUAGGAGCAGUGGCUGGAGUAGGAGGAAGCCCGCUGAGGACCACCAUACCUGGGAGCAGAUCAGAGUUUGUGUUGAGCCAGCCUGGACGCUGGGCCAUUCCUAAUGGCUAUCACACAGAUUGCCAGGGAGACAUGAUUAACUCUGUCAGUGAUGCCAACCUCACAGACGUGCUGUCUGACUCAGAGGAGUGUGAUUUGGGCAGUCUGGAACACGGGAGCACGGAUACUCUGGCCAAUGGCUGCCGAGCUGACUGUGAGGCUGCGAAGAGGCUUGCCAAGCGCCUCUAUCACCUCGAGGGCUUCAAACGUUGCGAUGUGGCCAGACACCUGGGCAAGAAUAAUGAGUUCAGCCAGAUGGUGGCAUCAGAGUACCUGAGCUUCUUUGAUUUCUCUGGCUUGUCGCUGGAUCGCGCCCUGAGGAACUUCUUAAAGGCCUUUCCACUGAUGGGCGAAACCCAGGAGAGAGAGCGGGUCCUUGUCCAUUUCUCCAGACGCUAUUGCCACUGUAACCCCCAGACACCCACCUCUGAAGGUCAGAGCUGUGAAGAUGGAGCCCACACAUUGACCUGCGCCCUCAUGCUGCUCAACACAGAUCUGCAUGGACAUAACAUUGGGAAGAAGAUGUCCUGUCAGCAGUUUAUCAGUAAUCUAGAAGGUCUCAACAACAGCAAAGACUUUCCCAAAGAUUUAUUAAAGGUUUUGUAUAACUCGAUCAAGAAUGAGAAGCUUGAGUGGGCAGUUGAGGAGGAGGAGCUGAGGAAGAGUCUGUCAGAACUGGUGGAGGAGCAAUGUGAGGGCGGGAGUAAACGUGUUGCUAGGGUAACGGACGGCAGUAACCCUUUCAUCGCCAUUCCCAUUCUCCUAAAUGCCGUCACCUACAAGCAUGGCGUGCUGAACCGGAAAAGCCACGCCGACAUGGAUGGCAAACGCACUCCAAGGGGUCGCCGAGGAUGGAAGAAGUUCUAUGCAGUUCUGAAAGGGAUGAUCUUAUAUCUCCAGAAGGAUGAGUACAAGCCAGAUACCGACAUUUCAGAGGUGGACCUGAAGAACGCAGUGCGGAUCCACCACGCUUUAGCUACUCGUGCCACUGACUACAGCAAGAGAGCCUACGUACUGAAGCUCAAAACCUCAGACUGGAGAGUCUUUCUGCUGCAGGCACCGAGUGAGGAGGAGAUGAUGUCUUGGAUCUUCCGGAUUAACCUGGUGGCAGCGCUGUUUUCUGCCCCAGCCUUCCCUGCUGCUAUCGGCUCCAUGAAGAAAUUCUGUCGGCCCAUCCUGCCGUCCUCAUCCACCCGACUGAACCAGGAGGACCAGCUGCUGAGUCACGAGAACAAGCUGAAGCAGAUGAGCCUGGAGCUGGAAGAACACCGGAAAAAUCUGCCCUCAGCUGACCCAAAAAGCCGAGAGUGGGAGGAGUACCGGCUCAAAGAGCACUACCUCGCAUACGAGAAGACUCGGUAUGAGACAUACAUCAGCCUCCUGCAGGCUAAAAUACGCACAGAGACGGAUGACCUUGAGAAGAUUGAGGCCAGUGUGAUGGGCGGCCUGAUCAUGGAGGGCGGUCUGGCCGGCCGAGAGUGUCACCUCCGCAAGACGCAGUCCUCGCCGUCCAUCAGUCAGACGCACGGUGGCCUGAACGGGAGGGCAACUGGAUGCGCCAUCCCAGGAAAGAGGAGCUGAGGAAAGAAGACCAAAUGCCACAGCCCUCAAAGCAGCAUCUCUUCAAGCCAAACUAGUUAAAUCCUACAAGUCCUUCUCGGAUUUGCUGUUAGCAUUUUAUUUAUUGUGCUCCAUUCUUUAGUAAGCCAUCACUAUCCUUCCCAGAAUUUAUCAACCGUGAUGAUAAGUUCCUGUAAUGAGCAAUAGAUAAGAAGAGCGUGCCCUUGAUACCCCACCACAAGCGACCCUGCCAAACUUCAGUUCUUUUAACUUUUGUUAUUGCACAUUACAGCGAUCAUAACUGUGAUCACUAUUUAUAGCAGCAUUGUCAGUAUUAAUUUUUGAACUGAGAGUGAAGAGUUGUCUUUAGUUGAAAUGUGUUUUUUAGUUGUGAGCUGCAGUAGUUUAUAACCUGUCGAUAUAAGACUGCACAGACACAGACUGGUUUCCUUUGCCUUGCUCCGCAGCCUGGGAGUCAAGCAGUGAUUGAGAUGGACAUAGUACAGAUGGUACUACUGUAGCAUUUUGGCUUUACUUCAACUCGCGUUUACACACUCGGCCACUCACAAGCCUGUGUGCUUUAUGGACCUACAAUAUUGUUGGAGAAUGGUGUCUGAAGAUGCAACAUAUCUGUCCCGGAGAUAUAGGAACUCGGAGAAGAACUCAGGAGGAUCAGAUUCCUGUAUAGCAUAUUUAUUUAUUUAUUUAACCUUUAUUCACCCCAGCAAGGGUUCCCCUCUAAACAUUCACACAUUUACAUACAUUCACAUGUGAGCAGGAGCUGCCAAGAGGAACCAUAGUUUAAACUGUUCACUGAGCUGCUCCACCGGAGGAACUGGAGGUUGAGUGCCUUACUCAAGGGCACCUCGGCACUAGCUGUUGAGGGAUUUAAAGAAUACUGUUACUUGUCAGAGAUCAAACAUGUGUUCCUGUGAUUUUUGAGCUGCCGCUUCCCCCCUCUAAUACUAACCUGUGUUUAACUGUAUGUUUCUGGAGAGGGCAAAAGCACUGUGCCAUGUUAUCCACUUACUGCUCUUUCUGUACCAUGACUGAGUAAACUGAGCUGCCAGAACUCAUAUGUAACAAUAUAUGGUUGGGCAUGAGGUUUCUGAAGGGCUGAACAGGAAAGUGUGGGUGGGCUGGUGUGUGCACAUGCAUGUGUGUGUACGCGUGUGCAUUGGCGUGCUUUUGAAAGUUGCUCCAGUUAAGAAUUUGAACUUGUAGGCGACAGGAAGAAGUAAAUAUAGCAAGGUCAUGUUAUUUGUAUAAAGAUUUUGUUGAGCACAUUGAGAGAAAACAAGCCGACAGCCUUCUGCUGAAUAGCACUGCCGGCACAGUCAGGCCUGGAUCUCUCAAAAGCAUCUUCAGGACAAAGCCAGCCACGUGAUAAAACGUGUUUUUAACUCUUACAAAGUCUGACUGAUCUCUGCUCUGAUUUAUAACAUGCUACAUGGACCUAUUGCAGCGUCGUUUGCCCUGUUAUAAUUUUGGGAAUUUGACUUUCUGUUGCCAGGCUUCUUAUUAGAUGAAGAUGUUUUUGGGAAAGCAGGGCCUGACCGAUUUCAGAUGGAGGCUGGUUGACAGCAGAGCAUAGCAGCAGGACUGCUCUAGCGUAGUGGGUUAACGUCAGGUAGGCUGACAGCAUGCUGGAUAGGAGAGGGGAACGGCAGCAAAACAACUCCACCAGCAAAGUAGCCAUCAAAACACCCUCCGCAUGGGUGAGAAGGAGCUGAUGGAGGAGAGACUUGUUUUCUUAGAAGAAACUGGUUUGGUUUACUUAGUACGACCAUCUCUGCCAGCCAAGAACAGGCAAAAUGGACAUCCAGCACACAUUACUCCAAACUGAGGAAAACAACAUAAUGAGGCCGAUUCUUCUGGAAGGAGGACUUGUAUAAGGUUGUGGGAAAAGGACAUAUGGUGGUAUCACUCUCUGUGAGCACCUCAAUUGAUCCUAUAUCCCCCAAACACACACACACAUACACACGUUCUCUUUCUGUGUGAUUUGUUACGUAAUGACACAACUGUAGAUCAGUGAGUUCAGCGCCCCCCUCACACAAACACAGUGUGACUCAGAAGCAUGUAGACAUAACCAGGAUUGCGGAUAUUGAUGGGAGGAACAAUUAUAUCUUUGGCUCCGGACACAUUGCUUCUGUUGCUACGUACAUUGUUUUAAUAGAGACUGAUGGGAUCUGAGAUCCUUUUGGGACUUUGCUGGAAACCUGGAAUCACAGCUGGAAUCCUGGAACCUGAUUCUUGUACAGACCAAAAUGCUGAAACAGGAGCGGAGCUUUCAGAGAGGAAGUACUUUUUCUAAAGCUGUAUUGUUAGGAUAAAUACCUGCUUUCUUACAGGGAGACUUCCCCUUAUAGUCACUUUGGCUGUUGUGCUAACCAUUGUUUCCCAAUGUUCUAGGUUAGGCCUGUGCUGUAAUAUAGGGUUGUGGAAAAAAAAAUAGUUGAUUGUUAUGUUUUAUUUAAGUAAAAAAAAAAAAAGACAACUUCGGCACUUUGAUGUCAGGAUUGGAUUUUUCUUUUUGUUUGUAUAUCUGAACUUUUCUGACAGGAUGCUCAUACUAUGUAAAGGACAUAUUUACUGAAUAUUUAGUCUGUGCUUCAUAAAGUAAGCUUUUAUACAGAUUGAUUGUGGUUGUAAUUUAUAAAACUGUCAAGACUAAAACAAUGAAAAGCUAAAAAAAAAAAA